UGCCGACUGACGUGCGAAGUUCGAAGAUAACAUUGCCGGCGCUGACUCAGACGCUUGGGUCGAAGUUCGAAGCAAUGAUGAUGACACUCGCCCGCCAAGUCACCUAGAGAGCAAGCGUUGCAUGUCGCCGUCGUCGGUCCCGUGUCGCCUGUGGUCCGAUGACAAGGCCCGUGGCGAGCCGAGCGUGGGCGUGCUGCCGCUGCGCCCGAUCCUCGGCAUUGGCUGCUCGGUCUUCUCCGUGCUCGGCUGUCUCUACAUCAUCGUGACCUACCGAAUACGCCAGUCGCGCAAGGUGUACGUCGACUCGGUGGGCCGCCUCGUGCACGUGCUCGCGUGGCUCGACUUUGUGGGCUGCGUCGCGCGCAUCCUCCUCGAGGCGCUCAAGCCAUCGAACCCGUCGCAGCUCCUCGACGUCGCCAACGUCUCGGCGUCGCCCGACUGGUUUGACCCGAACUGGACAGCAGCCUGUGAAGCGUGGCGGGACCAUGCGGGCCAGAUCUUGUGUGCGGUGCUGCACUUUUCGCUCAUGGGCUCGAUCUGCUGGCACUGCAUGAUGGCGGUCAACCUCUACCGCUGGGUCUGCAAGGGCGACGACCAGCGCGUGCUCCACCACCGCUUCAUCUCGUACUUUUGGUGCAUGACGGCGUUCGCACUGCUCAUGAGCGUCCUCCCGUACCUUGACAAGGCGUACGACACGCACUCGUACUCGAUGCGCUUCGACGAGAUCGCGUACGCGGUGGGCUGCCACUACGCGUGGCUCGUCCUCGGCUGGUUCUUUAUGAUCUUCUUCCUCGUGCGCGUGCAGUACGACAUGCGCCAGCGCCUCGGCAGCCCCGUCGGCUUGGCCAACCGGAAUGCCGUCGUCGCCUACAACGACGUCGGGCGCAAGCUCGUCUUCUACGUCGGCGCAUACCUCGUGUUUCGCAUCUCCAACGUCAUCGACUGGCUCUUUAGCAUGUCGGACCUGACCGAAGACGCGUACUUUGUGCCCGUGCUCAUCCUCAACAACAUUCUCGCGCCGCUCACCGGGUUCGUCAACGCCGUCAUCUACGGCGGCAUCUCGCCCCACAGUGUCUAUCACCGCUGCUGCUGCUGUCGGCGCUUAGAGAGCCACAGCGUGGACGCCGCCGAUGUGCUCGAAGCUGCGUCGGCCGUCGACCGCCGCCCGUCGCUUCCCACAGCACACGCGAUGCACGCACUGGGGCACGCCCGGCUCUUUGUGUCGUCGUACGACCUCUCUCGGUCGCUGUUUCCCAAGACAUCGCUGAGUCUCUGGCUGCCGUCGCGCGCGAUGGACAUCUAUGUGCUUGGACUGAUCAACUGCGUCGACGUUGACGACGCCAAGAGCAGCGUCCUCGAGCACCUCAAUGCGCGCUUCGCACCACUGACGCAGUACCAAGUGUUUGCGUGCCACAGCCGCAAGGCGCUCCACUCGACCGACGCGCCCACCGUGCAGCUCGUCUUUGCACGAAGAGCCGACGUGGCGUCCGGCAGCGUUGCAUUCGAUAUCGAUCGACAAGGCCGGAGCGGGUCGCGCCAGAUCACGGGCAUGUCGCUGCGGUACUUUGACGUUGCCAUCGCGUUUGCCACGUGCAGCUUGAAGCCCUCGAGCGAGGAGUACCUCAUGCACCGCAAGCUGGCCGAAAUGGGCAAGAUCCUCCAGACCUUCUCGCCCGACGUUGAUAACCCCGGCCUUGACUUUCCACACCAAUACCACCACACGAUCCUCGCCGGUAACUUCAACUUCAAGUUGCAAGGCAGCACGCUCCAAGAGCGCAUUGACGCAGCGAUGAGUGCGCAGCUUCGCCAACGCGCCGCCGACGACGCGCUCGAUGCGUACUUUAGCGAGGCGCCGCUUCGGCCGCGGGCCUCGACCGACGCCAAGGGCCAGCACGACUUGGUGUACGAGACAAGGUGCGAGAUGCGCCAGUCGGAUAUCAUUUUUGGCCUCGUGCAAAGCCCGAUGGGGCCAGCCAACGACGACGACACACACGUGUCAUCGUUCCGCUCCUUCUUGCAGGCCCAGCUGUGCAGCGGGCCACCGAAGAAGGCACAGAAGAGCCACCGCGGGCUCGUUCAAGCCGCCAAGGACGCGAAUGACGCUGCGGUCGCCAAGUGGAAUGACGUAUUGCAGUGCGACCGCCUCCGAGCGCUCAUGGACAGCAACGACGUGUUGAGCGGCUUUGAGGAACCACCGAUCGCGUUUCCGCCGUCGUUUCCGAGGGUCCUGGGCGUUGGCGAGAAGAACGCAAUGGGCCGUCGGCUCUUUGGCCCUGGCGACGUUGCGUACGCUGACCGCAUCUUCUACCACUCGCUGCCGGGAGUCGAGCCUCGUCUCUCGGUCGACGCGUACUACCUCUGCGAAGACCUCGGCGGCUCGCCGCACAAGCCGAUCUGCGCCGAGUUUCGCCUCGAAGUCAACCGGUUGCACACGGCGCAGCUGCAAUCCAAAGAGACGCAGCACUUUGGCUUUCAUCUGCGCAAUUUAGACGCCAAUUUGUGGGAGCCGCCGAAGCUCACGCGCGGGCACUCGAUGCGCACGUCGUCUGCGACGACGUUAUCGCGGCCGCCGUCGUUCUUGGAGAGACCCGCGACCAAGUGCGCGCGCAAGAAGCUCGAGAAAGUGCCCGAAAACUUCUUGACGUAUCCGAUGCACCACGCGUUCAGCGGCGGCGCGACGCCGUUGAAUGCGUGGAAGCAGUUGCAGGCGUCGACAUCGGCGCCCUGCGAAUGCAAGUACUGCGAUGCGCCGUCCGACGACGAGUCGAUCGCGGUGCAGUCAGUGGAGCCCGUGCGCCUCUAUGUGGUCUUUCCACUGCCGUCGGUCGAUAAUUUCCGCUCGCAGCGCAAGAUUUAUGAGCUCGCGCAGAGCGUGACGCAGGGCUAUGACGUCGCCGACGACGCGCAUGACGACUACACCAACUGCACCGAAGUGUCUUGGGCCGACGCACUCGAGCAUGGCGUCGUGCACACGUCGGUCACACGGCGAAGUGCAUCGGACGCCGUGCUCCACGUCGGUGUCAAGGUCGAAGGACCCCGGGAUUCGGGUGGCGAAGGCGUUCUCGCGCUGCACCCGCGGGACGUGGGCGUGAGCCGGCAGUUUGACGUGGCGCUCACAUGGGGCGGCAAGCACACGGGCUAUCUGCACGUCGACGUCGAGAUGUUUCAUGCCACCGACACGGACACGCGGCGGCACGUCUACUAAGCUGGGUCUCAGCUUGACACAUUGAUACUAUUUAAUGGAGAAGAUCCUGCAGGGUGAGCGUGCUAAUAGUAUCGCUCGGGAG